AUGCUUCGCAAUGCUGCCAAGGGCGCUCGCAGAGCUGUGACCGAGCUCUCGCAGUAUCCCAAGCCCGGCGACAAGCUCCACGGCUUCACCCUGCUGCGGACCAAGCAUGUCCCCGAGCUCGAGCUGACGGCGCUGCAUCUGCAGCAUGACAAGACCGGCGCCGAGCACUUGCACAUCGCCCGCGACGAUAGCAACAAUGUCUUCUCCAUCGGCUUCAAGACAAACCCACCAGACGACACCGGUGUGCCCCAUAUCCUGGAGCACACCACGCUGUGCGGCAGCGAGAAGUACCCCAUUCGGGAUCCCUUCUUCAAGAUGCUGCCUCGUACGCUGUCGAACUUCAUGAAUGCAUUUACCGCAUCAGACCAUACCUUCUAUCCCUUUGCCACCACCAACGCGCAAGACUUCAAGAAUCUAAUGUCUGUGUAUCUGGAUGCGACGCUGCACCCACUCCUUAAGGAGACCGAUUUCACGCAAGAGGGAUGGCGCAUAGGGCCGGAGAACCCGCAGGCUCUUGCUAGCGGCCAGGAGGCAAAGCCCGAGGAUCGCAGGCUUGUCUUCAAGGGCGUCGUCUACAAUGAGAUGAAGGGCCAGAUGUCUGAUGCGGGCUAUUUAUUUUACAUUCGAUUCCAGGAUCACAUAUUCCCAGAUAUCAACAACUCGGGAGGCGAUCCUCAGAAGAUUACGGACCUGACCUACCAGCAACUGAAGCAGUUUCACGAUGAGCAUUAUCACCCAAGCAAUGCUAAGCUCUUCACAUAUGGAGAUAUGCCCUUGGCGGACCAUCUGCAGGAGAUCAAUGCCCAGCUAGGUGCCUUCCAGCAAAUUCAAGGCGACUUGAAGGUCCAUCGCCCGAUCGAUCUGAGCAGCGGUCCAAAAGAAGUUACGCUGCCUGGGCCGGUCGACCCCCUGGUUGACGCGAACCGACAAUUCAAGACUUCAGUCUCGUGGAUCUUGGGUGACACCUCGGAUGUGGUCGAAUCCUUCUCACUGGCCUUGGUGUCCGCGCUUCUCAUGGACGGAUACGGAUCCCCCCUUUAUAAGGGAUUGAUCGAAACUGGGCUCGGGAUAGAUUGGAGCCCUAAUACCGGUUACGACAAUUCUGGUAAAGCCGGCAUCUUCUCUGUUGGCCUGACAGGAGUUCAAGAAGCAGAUGUUCCAAAAGUCAAGAAUGAGUUGCAGGCUAUCCUGCGGGAUGUGCGGGACAAAGGAUUCGAAAGGUCGAAGAUUGAUGGCUAUCUGCAGCAGCUCGAGCUUAGUCUUAAGCAUAAAACAGCCAACUUUGGCAUGUCCUUGCUGCAGAGACUGAAACCCAAGUGGUUUACUGGCGUAGAUCCCUUCGACUCACUAGCCUGGAAUGACACGAUUGCGGCAUUCGAGGCAGAACUUGCCAAAGGUGGUUACCUCGAGGGUCUUGUGGACAAAUACCUGCUGAAUGACAAUACCUUGACCUUCACCAUGGCUCCGUCCUCCGGCUAUGGCCAAGAGCUUGUUCAGGAAGAAGCUGAGAGGCUGGCUACCAAGAUCGAGGAAGCGACGAAGCAGGCAGGUGGCAAGGAUGAAGCUCAGAAGCAGCUUGAAGAGAGAGAACUUCUCCUGCUCGCCGAGCAGGGCAAGACUAACACCGAAGAUCUUAGCUGCCUGCCUAGCGUCCAUGUCCGAGAUAUUCCUAGACAGAAAGAGUCGGUAGUGGUACGUGACGAUAUUACAGCCAACACCAAGGUUCAGUGGAGAGAAGCACCGACGAAUGGCCUCACUUAUUUCAGGGCUAUCAAUACCCUUGAAAAUCUUCCACAAGAGCUUAGGUCACUGAUCCCCCUCUUCACUGAUUCUAUCAUGCGUCUCGGUACAAAGGAUAUGACCAUGGAGCAGCUCGAGGAUCUGAUCAAGCUGAAGACCGGUGGCAUAUCAGUAGGCUAUCACUCUGCCUCGUCUCCGACUGAUUAUGGGAAGGCCACUGAAGGUCUCAUUUUCACCGGCAUGGCUCUGGAUCGAAAUGUCCCGGCCAUGUACGACCUGAUUCGCAAAGUGGUGGCCGAGACCAACUUUGACAGCCCAGAGGCUGUUCAGCAGAUUCGACAACUCCUGCAGGCGUCCGCGGAUGGCGUUGUUAACGACAUCGCAUCGUCUGGCCAUGCCUAUGCACGCCGCUGUGCCGAAGCUGGAUUGUCAUUUGAUGGUUAUCUUAGGGAGCAGGUGAGCGGCUUGAGUCAAGUGAAAUUGACCACAUCGCUUGCCAGCCGCCCUGAGACGGACCAACUUGAGGAUGUUAUCGCCAAACUCAAGCAGAUACAACUACUUGCGUUGUGCGGUGGCAACCUUCGCGCAGCCCUGACUUGCGGCACAGAGAGCGUCCAGGAGAACUCGAGUGCCUUGUCGAACUUUAUCAGCUCCUUUGCUCCUGUGGCAACGAAGUUCCCGCCAAGCAAGACACAGAAAAUUGAGCGAAACAUCAAGUCGUUCUUCCCCUUGCCUUACCAGGUUUACUACGGCGCGUUAGCAUUGCCUACAACAUCAUACACAUCCCCAGAUGGCGCGCCUCUUCAGAUACUUGCGCAGCUGCUCACUCAUAAGCACCUGCACCACGAGAUUCGCGAAAAGGGCGGUGCAUAUGGUGGAGGCGCCUACUCUCGUGCUCUAGAGGGUGUCUUUGGGUUCUACUCCUACCGAGACCCGAAUCCCCUGAACACGAUGAACAUCAUGCACAAUGCCGGGCAAUGGGCUGUAGACAAGGCCUGGACCGAUCGUGACCUAGAGGAUGCCAAGAUCUCCGUCUUCCAAGGCGUCGACGCGCCGCGGUCGGUCAACGAAGAGGGCAUGAGCAAGUUCCUCUAUGGCAUUACCGAGGAGAUGAGACAGAAGCGCCGCGAGCAGCUCCUGGACGUCACCAAGGACCAGGUCCGCGAAGUCGCCCAGAAGUACGUCGUCGAGCCCCUGUCAAAGGAUGCCGGCAGCAUCGCCUUCCUGGGCGAGAAGCAAGGCUGGGUGGAUGGGUCGUGGACCGUCAACGACAUGAAUGUCAACGGAUCCGGACCCGCGUGA